AUGAAAAAUCAUAAAUCCCCUCCAACCGAAUCUACUCCAUUCUUAGAAGCGAGUGUAGUAGUAAAUGGACCAACACGUGGUCAUAAACGAGGACAUGGAUGUGCACAAGGCCGUCGCAUUGACCGUAGACGUGGUCGUGGUCAUAAUCGAGGUGGUUCAAAUUCCUACUCAAAAAGGGCAAAGAAUGAUGAGAAUCAAAAAAGAAAGACUAGUGGAAGUAAUAACCACUCUGAAAAUUCAUGUUAUCGUUGUGAUGGGAAUGGUCAUUGGUCACCUGCCUGUCGUGCACUGAAAUAUUUGGUUGACCUUUAUCAAGAAUUGCUUAAAAAUAAAACUAAAGGCAACAACAAAAUGCCAAGGGUAGAAACCAAUUUUGUUGAUGAAGAGGGCGAUUCUGAUUAUGGCAACAUGGAUGUCACUCAUUUGGAUAUUGCUAAUUUCUUUACUGAUCCUAAUGGAAAGAUUGAUCACCUGAUUGGUGAUGGGAAUGUUCAGCAAUAA